AGUGAGAGAAGGGACCCCGUUCCUCCUUGUUUUGCUCUCCAAGAUGACACCUUUAAAUCUUCGACUCCUCUGCCUUCCUUCCACUUCUCUGCCCCAGUUCUACCCUCGUCGCAUCCCUCUCUCCCUCCCCGAAACCCCCAAGAACCUUUUCGGGCGCAAUGCCUCCUCGUCUUUUUCCGCCCUCUCCCCGUUCCAAAUCUCCUUCCCUGGAUUCCAACCUAGGGUUUCCAUCAGCGGAGCCGAGAAGCAUGCCCAGAAAGAGGAGGAAGAUAGAGGUGGGAUUUCGGUGGAAUACGAGGAUUUGGGUGCCGAGGGAGAAAUCUUUGCGAAAACUCUAAGGCUAGUGGAGUGCGCCAUGUUCGCGUCCAUCUCCGGUCUGGCCUAUUUCUUGAGCAACUCCCUUGCCAUCGAGAAUUACUUUGGUUGUUUCUUCGCAUUGCCAAUAGUGAUCUCUUCAAUCAGAUGGGGCAUGGCAGCUGGUAGAAAAACCAUGGUGGCUACUUCUAUGCUAUUGCUCACCUUGGCUGGUCCAGUGAAGGCAUCUACAUAUCUGCUUAUGCAUGGAGUAGUUGGUCUGGCCAUGGGUUCUCUAUGGAGGCUGCGGAUAAAUUGGGGUGUUUCAAUAGUCCUGUGCACAGUAGUUCGUGCAACAGGAGCUAUUGGAUAUGUGUUACUAUCCUCAUUCUUGAUAAGAGAGAACAUACUUGACUUGAUCACAAUCAACCUUCAUGCUUCGCUCACCUAUAUGCUUAUGGCUAUGGGAGUAAAUACAGUUCCAUCAAUGGAUGCCAUAUAUGCUAUAUUUGGGAGCCUGCUGCUACUCAACUGUGGAUUCUUUGUUUUCUUGCUGCACAUUCUGUAUGCGGUAUUCAUUGCUAAACUUGGAAUGAAGGCUUCACUGAUACUUCCAGAAUGGCUUGAGAAGGCGAUCUGAUGCCUUGAUAAGAAGCUCCAUUAGCAUCAGCACAAAUCUCAUAAAUUCUUCUGGGUCUCAGUGUCAUACAUUUCAUUGCCACUGGUUCCAUUCUGUUGUAAAACUAACAUCACCAUUUUAUUCAUUGACGCCGCACGUGCUUUUUACCGUGGAAUAUAAGUUGAAGAAAGCAUGGUUAUAGAAGAAUUUAUGUAAGAUUCA